CAAACCUUUAGGAAAUCUGAUUGGUCAAUAUUUAACCUCAUGCUCAGUGAUAACGUCAUUCUCUACGAGUUCAAUCAGAGCUAUGAGGUGGGAACUUCUUCUGGCUUUAAUAAGAUGUGUCAGUUGCGGAAUGUUGGGUAUGUUUCAUUGGAACAGAGACGAUCUUAUAGAUGCUGUGGAAUUCAUAGCCAAAAGGAACUUCCACGGGAACUGCUUGUGCUUCUUCUAUCCAAGACAGGAUCCUCCCGACUUAAUCUUCUCAAACCUACUCGUUAGGAUGAACAAACGAUGGACACCUAUCGUACCUACAAUACUACCCUCCGUAUCAUAUCUCAAAACAGGUAAAUACGUAGUCGCUAACUUUAUUAAAUGCUCUUAUGUAAUUCCAAUUCGAAAUUACAACUAUACUUCUCAACUUCAAGAAAUUAUGUAUCAUCCCUGGAAUACUUUAUACCGAGUUGGUGAUAGCCCUCACACCAGAUUCAUAGUCGUGGUAGAUGGAGAAAUAUUAAAGGAUGAGGCAUACAAAGCACUUAAAAUGAUGUUCCUAUUUGGUGACAUAGAUGUGAUUAUAGUAGGCCUCGAGAAUAAUGUUGUAAGUACUUUUACAUUGUUUCCUUAUGGAAAAGAGGGGGAAAGCUGCCCGGAAGAUAAUGUGAAACUGUCACGUAUUGCUCAAUGGAAUGGGCAAUUCACAGAAGUGGACUUCUUUCCUAAUAAAGUUCCAAAUUCAUUUCGAGGUUGUGAUUUUCCUGUUUCGACUGUGCGCUACCCACCGUUCAUGUUUUCCACCAACGAUGGAAAAUAUGAUGGAAUUGAUUACAGGUUAAUUGAAAUUAUAACGGAGAAAAUCAACGCCAGUCUGAGAAUCAUAUUUUAUAGUGGAAUUGACGGGUGGUUAUGGCAGAAGGGAGGAAAAAUCUAUGGAUCUUUGAAUGAUUUGAGAGAAGGAUAUUCUUGGGCAACUGUUUCUGGAAUAUCAAAUAACUUAAUGCAUUACCCAGUUACUACAAUUGAAUCACCAUACGUAUUUUCGAAACUGAUGUGGUACUUUCCUAAUCCCUUGCCGAUAGAAAAAUGGAAAUUUGUUUAUUUAGCUUUCUCUGUAAAACUGUGGAUCUCAUGUACCAUAACUGCUGUCUUAACGCCAUGUUUCUUUUAUUUAUUCGCUAAUGUAAGACGGAUAGAGUUUUAUUUUACUGAAUUUGAAAAAUCUUGCUUCACUCUUUGGAGUAUUGCUUUUGGAAAUUCGACGGGUUUUAUGCCUAAAACAGUUUACUUUCGAUUUCUCUUUUCAUUGUGGCUCUUCUUUACUAUACAUCUGAACCUUGCUUACACAGCCUCCUUGACUGGUUUAAUUACGGGAGGUAAGAUGGAAUCUAAAGUUACAACUUUAGAUGAUAUCGUAGAGCGAAAUCUUACGACAGCCAUGUUCAGUUACUUGGUCGCACCACUUUCUACCUUGAAAGAACCUAAAGUGAGAAAAGCAGUUUCUAGCUAUGUGGUUGUUAAUAACUACGACGAAAUAUUCACGAAAAUGAUAACAUUCAGAAACUUAUCAAUCGUUGAUAACGAUGUUUACAUCGAUCAUCUCAUCUUUAAGAAGAAACUGCAGAUAUAUCAAACUCCAGUGACUUUGCUUCGUGUUCCAACCGGGGUAAUGAUGAGGAGAAAUCAUUUCAUGUUUGAGAGGAUAGAUAAAAUGGUACAACGUCUCAUCCUUGCUGGUAUCAGCGAUAAGCUUGUGGAAGAUUUUACAGUACCUCUUUGGAAGCAUCAAGAUAAAACCAUUUGGAAAGCUGUAGACAUUGAUGCUUUAGCAGGUCCAUUUAUUCUUUACGGUUGUGGUAUAUUUCUUUCCAUUGCAGCGUUCUUCAUAGAAAUUAUUUAUUUCCACCGAAAAAAAUUUAACCUUUUAAAGUAA